CUCAGCGGCGCGAGAGUCCCCCUCCUCCCCUUCCGCCUGCUGCAGGCAUGGCGGCGCUGCGCGGCGCUCCGCUGCCGGGGCUCCGCGGCCUCCUGCGGCACUGCUGGGGCCGGCUGCUGCGCGGCUUGGCGCCGGGGGCACGCGCGCCGCAGUGGGGGCCAGCACUAGCUGUCCAAGGUCCCGCAUGUCUCCCAGAGCCAGCAGAAGACCCCAGAGAAGGCAGUGAGGUGCCAGGCCUCUUGGGUAGCAUCUUGUGGAUGGCAGCGCCCAAGAAAAGGCGUACCAUUGAAGUGAACCGCUGCAGGCGGAGAAAUCCUACAAAUCUCAUAAAAAUAAAGAGAAACAUAGAUGUUUGCCCUGAGUGUGGAAACUUGAAAGAGAAGCAUGUCCUGUGUGGCUAUUGUUACACACAGGUCAAAGAAGAAACUCGGCAGAUACGGAAGGAAAUGGGUAAAAAGGAAGGAGGACCAUUUAAUGCUCCUACUGUAGAGACUGUAGUCUUAUAUGAGGGAGAAAAGCCCACAGAAAAAGACGAAGGCAAGCGGAUCAUUGAAAGAGCCAGGAAGCGUCCGUCGUGGUUUACUCAAAAUUAACAGUGAGAAAGCUCAUAUUUGUCAAGAAUGUUUUCCUUGUUUUGUUUAAUCAAUGCUGAUAUGAAAAAAUGUAUGAACUUUUGGGAAGUCUGCUCAAAUCAUGUUUUAUGUCACACGGUGCUGUUCUAUAGCAUGCAGUGGGAAAUGCUUCUCACUGAUACACCAUAGCAGUCAACAAUGAAAGAGGAGUCAGGACCUGUCUUGGAUUUGGAUAUCUGCAUACAGUACAGUGAAUACUUUGUAUGUUAAUAUAUGCUGGUUUUGUAAAUAACUUUUUUUUUCCUAACAAAGGAAAAACAUUCGCAUUCGUGGAUGUAAAAUAAAGUAUAUAAAGUUUCCUAGAGAAA